AUGUGUGUAUGUGUGCGUGUGUGUAUGUGUAUGUGUGCGUGUGUGUGUGCGUGUAUGUGUGUGAAGGCGUCUUCUGUGGCCCGGCUUUGUGGCCGGGCUCAGUCUACAGGGAGCGACCUGGCGGAUGCUGACUCGAGGUGGAGGCCAGAUCCCCGCCACUCGAGUCAUGUCGGAUGUGCUUCAGGAUCGGGGCAGGAAGCGCUUGGCUCCACGCCACACCUGGAAGAGACCAUGGAGCAGCAAGAUGACGAGUCCCUGGAACCCCUGCAGGCCUGUGUGGAGAACUUUGUUCUACCCCAGGAGAUGAUCAUUGAAGUGGAGGGAGAAGACGCUGGGUCACUGGACAUCAUGCCUCCGGAAAGCACAGACUUCAAGAUUGUGACUGUGGACCUUACGGAGGAGGGACAGAGCACGUGGAGCAAUGCCCAGAGAACCCCAGAGAGAACUGUGCUCCUCGAAGGCCACAGGGACCUGUGGGACUUGCCAGCUGUACACGGAAUGGAAGAAACAACCUCAAAGCAGACAGUCUUCGAUGAAGAACCAUCCCAUGGAUUGAAGUUAGAGGGGUUGGCAAGAGACCCUUGGCUGUCUUCAUGUGGAGAAGUCCGUGACUGUAAGGAGCAGUUGGAGAAACAACAGGACAAGCAAGAGGAGGUGGCCUUUACCCAGGCUACAGCUGGUCCUCCUGAUACUGUCUACAGGGGUCAUGACCUUGACAGGAGUUGCCUGAGUACCAGCCGGCCUUCAUUCCCCAUGACAUCCCUCAGAAAUCAUUUACAUAAACAGGCAUCACAUGUUAAAAAGUCACAUCAAGGUGAUGUCGUUGCAAACAGUCACCAAAAGAUCAGUGACAACGUGGAUCUCCUUGACGAUGACAAAGCUGGGAAAGUUCCACAGAGCUUUCACCCCACUCCGUUUAUAAGAACCCCCCAAGGAGAUAAAGCCUAUGAAUUUAACGGUCGUGUCCAACCUUUUAGCCAAGGUGUGCCCCUAAAUCUAAACCAAAAGGUUCAUUUGGAAGGUAAAACCUUUGGUUUUAAAGGGCGCGGGCAAGUUUUGAACCAUAACAUAGCUCUCAAUGAGCAACAGACGCUUCUUGUUAAAGAGGGCCAGUAUAAAUGUAGUAAAAGCGCCCCAAGUCCGUCUCUUCCUCAAAACAUGAGAAACUACUCUGAGGAGAAACGCUUUGAAUGUAAGUACUGUGGCAAGUCCUUCAGCUGGAGCUCGCAUCUCAUUGCACACCAAAGAACCCACACGGGGGAAAAGCCGUACAAAUGCAACCUGUGUGGGAAAUUCUUCACCCGGAGCUCACACGUCGUUUCUCAUCAGAGGAUUCAUACUGGAGAGAAACCGUACCGGUGCAAUCUGUGCGGGAAGUCCUUUACCCAGAGGUACGUUCUUGUGGUGCAUCAAAGAACUCACACUGGCGAGCGCCCUUAUGAAUGCACCCAGUGUGGGAAGUCGUUCCGCCAGAGCUACAAACUCAUCGCACAUCAAAGAACCCACACGGGAGAGAAGCCAUACGAGUGCACCCAGUGUGGGAAGUCGUUCAUCCAGAGCUACAAACUCAUCGCACAUCAGAAAAUUCAUUCUGGAGAAAAGCCUUACGAGUGCAGUCACUGUGGCAAGUCCUUCAGUCAGAGCUAUAAGCUGGUCGCCCAUCAGAGGACUCACACAGGAGAGAAACCCUUCGAGUGCAAUUACUGUGGGAAGUCGUUCAGCUGGAGCUCCCAGCUGGUGUCUCAUCAAAGAACCCACACGGGAGAGAAGCCUUACGAGUGUAACGAGUGUGGCAAGUCCUUCAACCGUAGCUCACACCUUGUCAUGCACCAGAGGACUCACACUGGAGAGAAGCCCUAUCAGUGCAAGCAGUGCGGGAAGUCCUUCAGUCAGAGCUACGUCCUGGUCGUCCAUCAGAGGACGCACACGGGGGAGAAGCCCUACGAGUGCGCCCAGUGUGGGAAGACGUUCAGACAGAGCUCCUGCUUUACUCAGCAUCAGAGGACUCACACCGGAGAGAAGCCCUACGAGUGUAAUCAGUGUGGGAAGACGUUCAGCCUAAGUGCCCGGCUUAUCGUCCACCAACGAACGCACACUGGGGAAAAGCCCUACAAAUGCAGCCAGUGUGGGAAAGCCUUUAUCAGCAGUUCGAAGCGCAGUAGGCACCAGGCUACUCACAGUGAGGAGACCUGUAAGUCCUAACCAGAGUCCAGGAGUCCUCAGCAAGGACUCCUGUCAGUCCAGUCCUCUCAAGUUAGGUCUGAAGGAAUGCACUUGGCGGGAGUGACGGUGUGAGAAGAGUGCACACAGACCCUUUCCUUUCCCCUGUGUUGGUGACAGGAGUAAGGCCUUCAGUCUGACAGAUGAGGAUAUGAGGCCCCUGGAGAAGAAAAGCCCUUACAUGCCAGCAGGGGUGAUCCGAGAAGGCCACCUGCUGACUGGCAGAAGUCGUUUCCCAAAGCACUGUGUGUACAGAGAAGGCAGAAGCUAGACUUAGAAAAACUGAAUGUUAGAUCAAAUACUGCAAGCUUAGUGCAGAAGCCCUCUGGUUUGUGAGUUCUGGCCUGGUCCUUGAGAGCACAGCUUCUCUGUUGCAAAGCUGACACUCUGUAAAUUUAGUUUAGGAGGAACGUGUUCGAAAAUGCUCUUACUUAGGAAAGUAACUGCUGGCCACCAGCUUUGCUCUCCUGCUUCUGGCUCUUCAUGGUACUGGGUGGCUGAGCCCCGACCUCCCACCACAGCUCCCCAUGGUGAGUCUUUGUACCUAUUUACUUCAGGCAGACGAGCCAUUCGAUCCCUCAUUUCUGCAGGCUUAACCAGUCAGCUUCCAGUCAUAGCCAAACGUAAGCUUGUUUGGAGUACCCUACUGCUCUUCAAAGGAGCGCCUUUUCUAGCUCAAAGCUUUGUUUGCCCUUCUGCUGUCCUCACUAGUCAUUCCGUGCCGUCAAGAGACAACAUAGGAGCCACUGCCUCAGAGUGACAGGUGGCCAUUGAGUUGUCAGGGCCCUAGUCCCCUAAAUCAAGCUCAUCUUAGCCACAGAACGGACUCCCUUGCCCUCAAAGCCCUCCACAGUAUUGCUGUGGAUGCUGGCCAUGAGCUACAUGUUUCAGGAAAUCCACAAGCAGGGUUAAGCUUGGACCAGCGUGGAGGGAAGCCCGUGCUAAAUGCCCAUCACUAGUGAGGCUGGAUCAAGAGAAUUGUUCAAAGCCAGCUUGUACUUCAUAGCAAGACUGUCUUGAAAGAACCAACAAGCUCGUCCCAUGUGUACUCCGGCAUACAUACUAAGUGUUGGUUCUUUUCCCUGAAGAAAGAAAGCACUCAGACCCGAAUCUCAGAGAACCUAAAUCUAAAACCAAUGGCCUUUCCUAAAAAAGACUUAAGUGAACCGUUGACUGGUGGACGUGCUGUGGUGACUUAGACCUUCUACUGGAUCAUGGUAUUCGACCGUGUCCGUCUGCGUAGUUGCCUGACUGGUAGUUUGUUACCCGUUUUGUACACUUCUAUUACAAGUGCAGAUUUUCUACAAUUAAGGUAAAUGACCAAUUGAAAUGAAACACAUGUCAAGAGUAUAGAGACUCUGUGGAACCUCCUUGAGAAAAUGUUUAUGUAGAGCCCGCAGUUGAAAAGGGAUAAUAGUCUAUUUAUUGAUACUGUCGUUUACGUUGUUACCUCUCGGAGAUGCAUGAUGCGCUAUAACAUGGUACAAGGAAUAAAAAUCUAUCAGAAGCAAAAAAA